UAGAAAGCCCUCAUAGUUUAAUGUUCGCUUAAGGACUUCAGCAUCUACAAGUUCAGAGAAUAAAGUACUUGAUAUGAUGAUUCCUGUGUUUAACUGUCUAGCAGUGAGAGAUGGACCAGGACAGAAGUGGUAAAAGCAGUGAGGUGAGAAUUGGUCACUCUCUAAAUGAAGCAGAGAGGUGCCAUUUGGCCACAAGGAUAAAGACUGUUCUCCACUGCCUGAAGCAGAAUGGUAUAUCCUGCAGUGAGGACGAGGUGCCUAACAUCGCAUUGCUGGGCUCUGGUGGUGGUUUGAGAGCGAUGAUUGCACUACUGGGAUUAGUGAGUCAGCUGAAAGAAGAGGGACUGCUGGACUGCAUCAUGUACCUGAGUGGAGUUUCAGGAUCUACCUGGUGCAUGGCAUCAUUAUAUAAAGAACUGGACUGGUCCACCAAACUGGAGACUGUGAAAGAAAACAUUGUCCAAAGGCUUGCUGACGGCAGUGUCAGUUGGUUGAAAAGGGGUCUAAAACUGGCAAAAUACCAUUCAGAAAAAGACAAUUUCACCCUGACAGAUGUGUUUUCAGCACUGAUUGUGUCUCACAUGGUGAAAGAGAUUGAUGAACACAAAGUCUCAGAGCAGAGAAGCAACUACACCAAUGAACCGUAUCCCAUUUACACUGUGAUUGACAAGAAGUGUAAACAUGAAGGACUGAAUGCAGAUCCUUGGUUUGAGAUCACUCCAGAUGAGUCAGGUUAUUCUCUCACUGGAGCCUUUGUGGAUUCCUCCUGUUGGGGAAGUGAGUUUGAGAAUGGAAAGAAGAUUAAAGACCAGCCUGAGAUGGACAUGCUGUAUUUACAAGGCUUGUGUGGCAGUGCCUUCGGAGAUAUUGGACAGCACCUUAACUUACUCUAUGAGGCACUAAAAUAUCUGAUUACAGACAAAGUAGGAUGCGCAGAAGAGAGUCAUACACCACAAACACAAGAUGUGCAGAAUGGUUACCUGAUGCUCUUAACACUUGUGGAACUCAACCUUUGUGUGUUAAGAAAGGAGGAUCCUACAGUUCACCUCAGAACCAUGAAGGACUUACUGAAAGAUAAAUAUGAUGAAGCGAAAAACAUGACUGUCCAUCUAGAGAAGCUGAUGACAUCAGAAGGGAAACUCCCAGAGUCCGAGUUAAAGGACUACACCCUGUCUGUAUGCAGUUCUGUCACUGACAUGUUUAAGGUGUGGGGUGUUUCUGAUGAUUUUUGGUUUUACAUUCUGAGAUCUAUAGAGAAAACUGUUAAGUGGAUCUGGGGAACAACUUAUAACUACCUCUUCGCGAUGGAAGCUCAAGAUGUUGACCUCAGUAUCAUUUACUCAGAGAAGAGAGACUACAUGGAUGCUGGACUGUUACUCAACAUACCCUUUUUCUCAGUGCUGAGAAAAGAACGAAAAAUCGACCUCAUCAUUUCCCUUGACUGUAAUUGUUUGACUCCGUUUAAGUCAGUGGUUCGCGCUGCUGAACUAUGCCAAGACCUUAACAUUCCUUUCCCUGAAGUUGUUGCACCUCCUGAAGGUACAGAACUACAGGACUUCUAUGUGUUUAGAGGAUAUGGCAAAGCUCCAACUGUGGUUCACAUCCCUCUUUUCAAUGCAGUCAACUGCAAAGGAGAAAUUCUGGAGUGGAUGAAAAAAUAUCACACCUUUCGACUGGACUACAGUCGUAGUGAGAUCACAGAUCUUAUGGAGAAAGCUGGAGUAAACAUCAAAAACAACAAGGAGAAACUACUCAAGGUGAUUGGUGACAUCAUUGAAGAGAAGAAAGUGAAGUAAAACAAGACAUCAGAAAUUCUAAAUACUUCAAAUAUGUGCCAAAUAUCUGUCUUUUUGGAUCUGGGUAGUCAGUAUGUUCUUUUCAUGUAUCAGUAAAAAAACAAAUAAUCAGCAUUUUGUGUGUAAUAAUAGUGAAAUAGUAGUUACAAUUAUAGGGUUCAGAAUAUCAGCUGAAACUAUGCCAUUGACUGUUUUAGAAUCUGAAAUGUGGAUUAUGUUUUUCUUUCUUGUUUACAUUCAUAAUGGUUAGUUUGGUCUUUCAACCAUCAAGGGGCUUCCAAAUAAGCUUAGCAAUCUAUCACAAUUCCUCCCAGUAGUGGUACUGGUGGUGAUAUUGGAUAUUAUGGGGACAUGUGUACAGGAUAAGGUUUGAAUGUCAUAGGCGAGGCCAGGUUGACAGGAAACCUGAAGUAUGUAAAAAGCUGGGCCUCUAACUGCCAGGUCACUCUCAAACUCAAUAAUGACCACUCAAUCAUGCAGAGAAGUCUAUUAAAUUGUCUGAAUAAUCCUAUCAAUAUAUCAUUAAUAUCAAUAAUAAUAUUUGCUUAAAUGGUUACUUAACAUUCAUUUUCCAACUCAGUUUUGCUCAUACCACUGAUUAGCAGUGCAGUUUGUACUUUAAUUCUCUAAAAAUGUAUCAUCCUAUGCAAGAUCUGCUCAUUAGACUAUAUAAAAUUUAGUUUUACUAGGAUACUAGUUAAAACUAAUUGUAACUACUCCUGGCUGGCUCACCAAGGUUUGCUAUAUAACCCUCCUUCCCAGCUUUACUGUUACAUGGGGCAUAAGAGUUAGCUGAGUGUAUCUACCAGUGCUCUAGCCUUUAGGAGUAGUAAUUGCCUUUAUAGAUUGAAUAAUAAGAUUUAAACUCAAAUCUCAGAUUAAAAAGUGAGGACUUUUACAACAUAUAAUUUGUAAAAAAAAAAAAAAACAUUUGCCAAAAAUGAUGUGAUUUCUUGGAAAUAAAUGACUGAUCAAAUGAAUGCAAAUCAAAAUAAAUCCCAUUCAAGUUCUUUGA